AUGAGUGGUCUUGGUUCAUGUUGUGUUGAUCCUGGUGCAAAACAAACUCACCAAGCACAAGGUCAUGAAGAAGAAAUAGCCGGAGUAAAUACUUAUAAAACAGGUCAAGGAAAAUCAGCCAUUGUUAUCUUUACGGACGUUUUUGGGUAUUCUUUUAUCAACGUUCGAAAAUUGGCCGAUAGUUUUGCUGAAGGUACUCAAACAACAGUUCUUAUUCCUGAUUAUUUCAAUGGAGAUCCAAUUAGCCCUAAUGCCCCUAAUGUAAUGGAUAUAUUACCUGAUUGGUUAAAAAAACAUCCUCCAACAGAUGCAUGCGCUAUUGCUGAAAAAUUUAUUUCGACUGUUAAAGGACAUUAUCAAUCAAUUCAAGUUAUUGGUUUUUGUUAUGGUGCUAAAGCAGUUGUUCAUUUAAUAACAUCUAAUGAAUAUUUAUCAACAGUCAAAGCAGCUGUAGUUGCACAUCCAUCAUUUUUAGUAAAAGAAGAAGCUAAACAAAUCCAACGACCUAUUCUCUUUUUAUGUGCUGAAAAUGAUUUUCUUUUUACUCCUAGUCUUCGACAAGAAUUUGAAAAUGAAUUAACUGCAAAUGGUCUUGGAAGAUUUAUUGAAUAUCCUGGUACAGUUCAUGGAUUUGUUGUUCGACCAGAUGAUUCAGAACAAGUGCAUCAACAAAGAGAUAAGGCUGUUCAAGAUGCUAUUCAAUAUUUUAAAAACAAUAUUUAG